CUAAGUUUGCUAACUUUUAUUGUAUUAUUAACACGAUUGCUAUUUUCAGGUAAAAAAAAUGUUGUAGUCCAAAGAUGCAGAAUUCAUAACGACGCGAGCAUCGACAUUUCAAAAGACGGUAGACUGCUGGUGGCGCUGCUUCCCGUUCCCCGCAUGAGAAACACAAAUCACUGGCUAGGGGUGUACUCGCUGGAGUGGGGUCGCUUGGGUCAGUGCCUGCACACGGCGGUGCUGGAGCAGACGGCCGUGUCGGUGGCGCUGUCCCCCACGGCGCGGCACCUGGCCGUGGGACUGGGCUCCAAACGCUUCACGUCCACGCACCGCGCCCACAACCAUGUCUUCGCUCUCCUGUACAAGCUCGACUCGCUCGAUAGCUCCAGUCGCACGGGACUGUCGCCGAUCAAGGAACUGGAGCAGAACUGGGAGCAGGGGUUCACCAGUCUGAACUGCUUGCGGUGGGCCCCCCAGCCCGGCCAGGGUCUGGUCUACGCCAACAACGCCGGACAGCUUAUCGUCAUGAGCUAAGUCGAUAACACCCUGAGGCUUUUGAGUGCCUAAUUUAUAAUAAAUCCACAUGAAAACUAACAAGUAGGAACAGAAGAGAAUAAAUUUAGACGUGUGCCCUGUUUCAACGGUUCACGCUCAUUUGUCUUAAUAAAUUUUUACCCGAUGUUACAUGAGCACUGUGAUUAGAACUCUCAACUCGCGUUGUACGAAAUGUUGCAAACGUCGACUUCGAACACGGAUGUUGACGUUGCCACACACGACAAGGGUACAGUGGCGUAGCGAGAGGGGGCCAAAGGGGGCAAGGGGGGCAUCAUAUUGCGGGUACUACUCACAAAAGGGCGCCAAAUGGUCCUCAAAACAAAAAAAUAUUGAAUUUUUUUUUUCUUUUUUUAUAUAUUUUAAAUUUAGUGCCUGUCUAAUAUAAUAAAUGUUAAUUCGUAAAUAAAAAGCAAAAAAAAAACACGUAUAGUCUAAAUAGGGUCGCUAAAAAGGUAUUGUGUCCCGGGCGCAGAGUUAAGCUCACUACGCCACUGCGAGGGUAUAAACGUUAAUUUUUAUUACAUCGCCGGUUGUACGAAAUUUAAUUAUGUUGUAAUUUAAUUAAGCGCCAUACGAAAUGGUUAGUUUGUACGCUAAAUGAUCUCCUUAAAUUAUUGGAAUAAUUAAAAAUCGAAAAUAACGAACGUCGCUGCGCGUAAUAAAUAUAAAAGUACAAAAAAAAAGAAGAUUUUUGUCUAUUGACUAAGUUCAAAUUAACAGACCCAUUUUUGAAUAUUGUUUGUAAAUAUGUCAAUUUUCAUGACUGAGAGCAGUAAUUUGGUAAUUUUACAUGAAACGUAACUCAAAAAUUGCGUUACAACAAAUAAAUCAAGUCAUCAAUGUCCUAGUAGUCCAGAAUGAAUUUUAAACGUUAUUGUGACUGUUUAAGAAUGUUUUUAUUACGUCUAGAAUUUGCACUUAGAUUCUUAUUCUCUUAGUAAUUGCACAUUACUUAUAAAUACUUUUAUAAAAAUUCGCUCCGCACAUUAAAAUAGCUACCGUGUUUGGAGCAACAAUACUAAUCUUAACGAAUCGAAAUAUUGAUCCGUGUGCUUAGUGCGAGUUAACGUACUCGAUAGCGUAAAAGUUGAGCCAUUUUUGUAUGCAGUUGGAACAGCGCCCCUAGCGGCAAACGUACGCAAACGAUCCCAUUCCAUACAAAUAUGAGCUAACUUUUACGCUAUCGAGAACGUUAAAAAACUCGCACUAAGCACAACGGUAUAAUUUAGUCUGGACAACGUCAUAAUUAGAGCCUUCCGUUAUUUUUGAAGGCAAUUAUAAAUAUUAUAUUAUUACAUUUUGCAUACAUGUUUUGUACACAAUAAAUGAUGCGUCAAAAGAAUUACGAAAGCGUUGUAUGAAAACCUCGAUUUAAUAUUGUAAUAAAUUAUUACGGACUCCGGGCUAUCACGAGAAAUAAAGUAGAUAUAAAAUAUAGUGUAUAUAUAUUUACAUUUAAACGUGUCUAAUUUAAGUUUUAAUGUUUCUAAAUAACAACAAACACUACGUUUAGUUUUGUGACGAGAAAUAUAAUAGACUUAUUAAUUUGAUAGUUUUAAUGCUUGUAGUAUAUCUAGAUAAAUUUUGUAUAGUACUAUACACUUUUCGUUAUGUCGUACUUUUGAAUUGUUUUUUAUUUUUAUUUUAUUAUUAUAACAAAAUUGCAAAUUUUAGCCGACCAAUCUAAACUGAGUUAUUUUACCAACAUAUCUUAUUUUACAUAUGUAUUACAGGUGAACAGUGACCAAGGAAAUGAAAAUCAAAUGAUUUUGGGUCGUAAAUUAAGUUUUUUUUUAUUUAACUUAGAACACAGUUUUAUUAGUUUUUUCUCUGGUAUUUACGUAAUAAAACUCGAUUCCGAUACGGUAUAUUUUUUGUGUUGAAUAAAGGUACAUCAAUUAUUGAACGACAUAUCAUCAUGUUCAUUUAAAAAUAGAACUGAAGUCUUGCUCGAUGCCUAUAAUUAGUUUUAUAAAAAUAUAUAUUUUAAACGAAAUCAACAGGAGGGUAGAAUUUUUUUUUUUUAAUUAACUUCUACACAUUAGAAAAUAAUGUAUUUAUUUGAUUGUAUGUGUUGGCACGUCGGAUAUUCUGAUUUCAAAUAUUUCUACUGAUUCCCACUUUUCAUCGUUACAGAUAACGGUCUCAAUUAAACACAUUAUUGUACAAAUUUCUUGCUAUGUAUUUUUAAAGGGAGUUAUCCACGCACCGAUAAACAUAACACUUCUAUGUAGCUACUAACCAUAACUCUGUAUUGUUAAAUUCAAUCGUAAUUAAAACAUUUCGUAAUCUUUUUUUUUUAAUUGGCGUAUAUAAAUGAUUUCACGCUGGUAUACAGCGGUUACCGAAGUCCACAUUCGCGCAAUAUGAAAUUCGCGAUCCGGAUUGAGACAUGAGGACCAUCUCAAUUGCUUGCUUGCGUGGUAAUUGUGUUAGAAAAUAAAACAUAAUCUUCAGAUGUAUAUACUGACUUUUUUUUUACAUAAUUCUACACAACUAACUGCUUGUUGCUAGGCAACGACUAUUCUUUUUUAAUAAACUUAUGAUAGUUACAUACAGUAAGAAGGCCAGUUCAUACGCGACGUAGUUUUUUUCCCGCCUACCUAUUAGUUGGUAGCCUAAAGGGUUAUUUCAGCUACGUUCGGAUUGGUAGGUAAGCCGCUACAUGUCCAAUUGUUAAUUUCCUUCUUAAUACACAUUAAAUUUGUUUGUUGUCGAGUGCAUAAUACUUAUAUUUAGAAAAAAAUAUAUAUAGCCUCUAAGUAUCUGCAAUAAUAAACUAGGGCAUAAUAGCAUGAAUGGCUUGACAACAAUUUGUCUAUAAUUGGCUGUCUUACAGAAAGUCAUAAGUCGCUAUCUUUAACAACUUAAAAUGAUUUCGCUCCCCUCCCAUAACGUAUUGUCAAUCGCAUGUCUUAUUAGAUGGUGGAUUUCGUAUUAAUUUAGAGAGUUACUAGAGAGUUAGAACUAUAAUUUUGCAUUUUGUAAUCAAGAAAUAGAUACUCUUCGAAAUUCUAUACGGUAUUCUUCACUUCCUGCUCGAUAUACAAUAUUUUUCCUGUUACGUAUUUUCCUCAAAUAUUUCCAUGCUAAAUAAAAAACCGGACUAUUCAGAAAUAAGACGUCUUUCUCUUGCGAUUGUUUCUUUUAAAUUCAAUAGGUACCUACAUAAAUACAUUUAUUCGUAAUCAAGAAAUAGAUACUCUUCGAAAUUCUAUAUGGUAUUCUUCACUUUCUGCUCGACAUACAGUAGUUUUUCCUGUUACAUAUUUUCCUCAAAUAUUUCCAUGCUAAAUAAAAAACCGGACUAUUCAGAAAUAAAACGUCUUUCUCCUGUGAUUGUUUCUCUUAAAUUCAAUUGGUACCUACAUAAAUACAUAUAUUUCGGUAGCUUUAAACGAAAAUAACCUAUUUUAUAAUGCGAUGCGUGGUAAACGGGCAAAAACUAAUAAAACUUCACUUUUGUAAUAUAUUGUUUCAUGUUUUAGUUCUUCCAUUUUUACGUGACAAUGCUAAUGUAACAAGCAUUAUGUUUUAUGUGUCGUUGAUGUGUGAUUUUUUUUGUAUAAUAAAAGUAUAGCUUCAACAAUGAG